AUCAAUGGUUUUUAUUGGGCUCGGCUGGUGGAACCGUGGAAGUAGCGAAUACAUUUGUUUGUUACGGACUAUUCUUCAGCUCGAGUGUUCAGCGGUUCGGCCUCGUCUCCUCCCCACAGUUUUACCUGACGAGCAAAUCAGCGAUGGAUCCCGUCCCAAAACUGCGAUUCGACUCGCCGCUCCUCCGCGUCUACGAGGACGGCUGCGUGGAGCGUUUCUUCGGCACGGACACCACCCCACCGGGCUUCGACGCCGCCACCGGCGUCACCUCCAAGGACGUCGUCAUCGACGGCGCCACCGGCGUCUUUGCUCGCCUCUACAUCCCCGACAUAUGUGGCUCCGGUUCCCAGAGCAGCAAGCUGCCGAUCCUCCUCUACUUCCACGGCGGUGGCCUGGUUCUGGACUCAGCCGCCUCUCCAGCCUACCACAGGUACCUCAACUCCGUCGUCUCCAAGGCUGGUGUCUUGGCCAUGUCGGUCAACUACCGCCUCGCACCAGAGCACCCGGUUCCAGCAGCCUACGACGAUUCCUGGAUGGCGCUCGGUUGGGCCGCGUCGCGGGAGGAUCCAUGGCUGUCGGAGCACGGUGAUGCCGGCCGCAUCUUCUUGGCCGGCGACAGCGGAGGCGCGAACAUCGUCCACAACAUAGCAAUCAUGGCCUGCACUCGGGAGUACGGUUUACCCCCGGGGACAGUGUUAGAGGGGGCAAUCAUACUUCAUCCUAUGUUUGGAGGGAAGGAGCCCGUCGAAGGCGAGGCCACGGAGGGGAGAGAGUUCGGGGAGAAGCUCUGGCUCCUAAUAAUAUGCCCCGAAGGCACAGAAGGGGCGGAUGACCCGAGGUUGAACCCGAUGGCUCAUGGAGCGCCAAGCCUGCAGAAACUGGCGUGCAGGAAGCUGCUUGUCUGCUCGGCCGAGAGAGAUUUCGCACGGCCAAGGGCCGCAGCGUACUACCAGGCCGUGAAGGCAAGCGCGUGGCGCGGCUCGGUGGAGUGGCUGGAGUCCAAGGGAGAGGAGCAUGUGUUCUUCCUCAAUAAGCCGGAGAGCGGCGAAUCUCUGGCGCUGAUGGACCGGGUGGUUGCCUUCCUUGGCGGCAAAUGAUCCAGAGGAGACUGUUAUGUUGUUGAGUUUUUUCUUCUGUUUUUCAUUUCAAAAAUUAUUCUCUUCCCGUCACAAUUUACGGGUGCUACAAGAAAGUAAUAAGUCUCGGGAAUUUUGUACAAUUAUAGACAGAAGUGAGCAGUAGUUACUUUUGUGAUGCAAAUAUGAGAAAUUCAGAGUCUGUAAAAAUGAUUUUUUUAAUGGAAAGACCGUAAUAAAGCCCUACAACAUAA